AUGGAUUACUUCGACCUCAACCUCCCUGCCCCCACCGACGUCCAAGACCCAGGCAACCAAGACGAUAUACCCACUGUACCUGAAGCCGCCCAGAAUGUUUCUACCACCCCUGAUGUUGCCCAGGUGCACACCCCGUUGGACCAUCCCAACAUCCUCCCCAUCUCAACCGCCUUUCAUCCCGUGCUAUCGAUCAACGGCCAAGCCCCCAACUUCGUCUUCAUCGCCUCGGACAACGUUCGCUUCUACGUCCACACCCACCACAUCCUCGCUGUCUCCAUGAACAGGAUGGGUAUGCUCCUCCCAAACGACGUGCCCGCAUCCACCCUCGGGCCCCGCCCGUCCGCUCAACUUCCCCAUCCCUCCGAGGUCGUCAACGUCAUGCUCCACAUCAUCUACGGUCUACAAUGCCUGCAAUACGCCCCAACUCUCGAGACGACCGAGGCCGCGCUCAAGGCUCUUCACUUCCAAUACGGCGUUUCCAUUCAGGUGCACGCCGCGCCCCACCUCCCUCUCUACCAGCUCAUCCUCUCCUACGCCCCGUUCCGCCCACUUGAAGCGUACGCCGUUGCAGCGCACUACGCGCUCGAGGAGCUCGCCGUUGCAACCUCCAGCCACCUGCUCGCCUACGACCUGUCGCGGAUGCCCGACGAUACCGCCCAGAAGAUGGGCCCGAUCUACCUCAAGCGACUGCUGGGACUCCACCAAUCACGCCUCGCUGCUCUCCGCAACAUCCUGUUCCGUCCUCCUCGCGAACACGGUCCGGCUGUCGGAUGCAGCACGGAGCAGAGGCAACAGCUGACGCGAGCCUGGGCACUGGCCGUCGCCCAGCUGGUAUGGGAGGUUCUGCCAAGUGUGUCGACGAACGCAUUGCAGUCGCUGCUGGAGCCAAUCGGAUUAGCCUUUAGCUGUCCUCACUGCGCCGUGGCGCUGCAGGGGAGGGUACGGGAGGUGGUGUACGAGUGGUCCGCGGUGAAGGUCCCGCGAAUAUCUUGUGGACGCCAAACUGGAUCCAAUAGGAGCAUCCUUGCCCCUCUCGCGUAG